AUGGGACUUUCGUCAGGCAAAGGUUUUAAGGGGGAAUCCGGGAAAAAUACGACGGCACGUGUCAUCGCCCGCAGGAACGCGGAUUCCGAGGCCCCGGCCCCGAGCCCGGGAGCGGCGGGCGCAGGCGGGGCCCGCGGGGCCGUCGUGGCGCGGGCGGGGCGAGGCCGGGCCGCGGCGCCCACGCGUUCCACGCCCCGACGGCCGACGGACCCCCGCGCGCAGGCCACGGCCCCGGGGCCCCGCCCGCCCGAGCGCCCGAGCGCCCGAGCUCCCUGCCCCCGCCGGGUCCGGCCGCCCCCCCCCCCGCCCCCGCGAGGCAGCACACGGGGGCGGCGGGCUCUGCGCUCGGGGCUGUGCGCCGCGGACCCGGGGCCUCCCCCGGGCCUGCUGCGGGGCGCCCGCAACGACUCCGGGGGGCGCGGCCCUCGGCCACCGGCCCCGCACCGCGCGGGGACCCAGCGCGCGCUCCCGGGGCGCUCCGCGGCGGAGCUUUCGUUGUGCGGCGUAGACGGCGCCGCGAGGUCCCCGCGGCAGACCGGAGCCCCGGGCCGGCGGCCGCACGCUCACUCCCCGCUCCCCUCCGGGUGCGCAGCUUCCCCCGCGCCCGCCGCGCCCUCGGGGCUCCCGCCGGCACCUGCCCCGCUUCCCUGCACCGCGCGCCCGUGCGCCCCGGGAGCCGGCGGGGGACGCUCUCCCGCAGGACCCGGGCCCGGCGGAGCGGAGCCGAGCGGGCGGGGCGCGUCCCUGGGGCCCCCCCUUCCCCGGGCGGGCGGGGCGCGGGGGAAGCUGCGCAGGACGUGGGGCCCCAGCCGCCCGCCCGCCCCGCGCCCCCGGGUCUGUGACGGGCCCCGGCCCCCCUGGGCUCCCGCCCGGACGCCCGGGGUCGCGAUGGGGCCGCGCGUCUCCCGGGAGCCAGUGGGCGCGGGGAGGGGGGAGGCGUCCCAGCGGGCGGAUCCCGCCGGCGGAGCCGAGGUCGGAGGAUGCCACCUCCCGGCCUGGAAGGAAACGUCCUGCGGCGGCGGAGGCGGCGGCUUCUGCGCGCAAACCUGCGCGUCGUCGGGGACGCGGAGCGCGCUGGGCCCCGAGCUGCGAGCAUCCGGCGCCCGGGAGCCGCGGGGGGCGCCCAAGGACCGCUGGGCCGCGGGGCCCGAACCCCGAGCGUCGGCAAGCCGGGUCCCAGCCCCCCUCCGCGCGGGCAUCGUGGCGGGCGAGGGUCUGGCUGUGCCAGGACGAGGGCCGGGCCCCUUCCACGGGCUGCUCGGGGCCAGCAGGCCUCGGCCACGGGGAGGAGCUGCCCCUGCCCCCCUGGGCUCUGACCUGGGCUGCCUUGUCCACCCCAUCCUGGGCUCUUACGAGCAAGGGGCACAGGGGCCUGGGUCUGAGAAUGGCCUGGUGUUGGGGGCCCCUCCCCGGCCCUCGGGGUCUCUGGAGCCCACCCUGCAGCCCGUGCCGGGCACCCUGCUGCCUCCUCGCCCCACGGAGAGCGUGGUGCCCCUGGGUGGCAGGUCCCCGCCAGGCUCUGCGUUGACACGCCUGCCCUCCACGGCGGGCCUGGCGGACCCUGGGGCAGGUGCUGCCCACGGUGGUCCUUGGGAACGGGGGGGACGCCCCAAGGGGGAUGAGGCCUGUGAGCGGGGCCGGGGGUCAGCGUUGGGCAGCGCCCGUGGUCGGCCGGCGCGGAGGGUACUCGGCCCUGCCCCGUGGCCCGAGGGCAGCAUGGGGCGCGUCCCGGCCCCAGCCCAGGGAGCGGCCCCAGCGUGGCCCCACGGGGCGCCCCACCACCCGGACACGCGCCCCUGCCUGGCACAGCCCGAGGGGCCUUGCGCACCCAGGGCCCCCAGCUGGGCCACAUCCCUGUCGCCUGGCGACAUUGAGAGCCGCCCUCGCUGCCCCACGGACUGCGCCAAGGUGUGGGGAUCACAGCCCCAUCCCCGGAGACGGGAGCUCCCCUCCGCCCGCGUUCCCGGGGCGCCCUCGUGGCACGUUGGGGUCAGCGAGGGACCCCGGGCUCUCCAGCGGGAGCAGGGCCCCCGGGCCCCUGAGCCCGUGGUUUGGCAGCGGAGCUCCAGGCCCCUGCCCCGGGCUCGGGGAGGAGGGCAGGUGGGGGCGCCCGGAGCCAGGGAAGGAGCUGGUGGCACCCGGUCCUGCAGCCCGGAGCGCUCGGGGCCAGGACGGGGAUCCGCAGCCCCUCUUGCCCCCACCCUGGCUGGGACCUGGCCUGGGGGGCCCCACGUGGGCUUGCGGGACCUUCAGGGCCUGUCGCCCAGCGUCCCGGGCACACGUGGCUGCGUGGGCCGCGCCGGGGCUGGGGGGCCGGUGAACGCUGUGCCGCCGUGCGAGCGUCCCCAGCCACCCGCCGUGUCCCCAGCCCGCAGAACGGGGCCAGCGCGGGGGGCGCCCCACUCCGGGGCCCCAGCUAGGGCAGCCGCCUCGGCCUGA